AUGGAAGUAGCUUUAGAGUCAUUAGAAGAGCCUGAUCAUCUAGCAUCGGAAGAACAACCAUUAUUAUCGGAUGAAGACCGUACUACUUGUGAUACAGGAAGUACUAUCGAAACUGAAACUUACGACUCGUAUGGAGAAGAGGAAGCAGUAGUUUCAGGCUCAAGUUGGGCUGCAUAUGUCAAUGUAAUUUGCGUGGUGGCAGGAACUGGAAUUUUAGGUUUACCAUAUGCAAUCAAACAAGGUGGUUGGAUAGCUAUGAGCCUGAUCGUUUUGUCAACGUUAAUCACAUUUCAUACCAGUGUCAUUUUAAUAAAAUGUCUAUAUUAUAAAGAAAAUAAACGUCUGAGUUCUUAUGGUGACAUAGGAUAUGCCGCAUUUGGAAAUUUUGGAAGAUAUUUUUUGGUUGGAGUUUUUAAUAACUCACUUCUGCUUGGUGUCCCUAUAUUAUUCUUUAUCCUGUCCGGACAAAGUCUUGAUAAUAUUGUAGAACAAAUUUGGGAUAUCAAAUUAGGUGUUCGUUUAUGGACCAUAACAUCUGCUGCUCUUGUAGCUUUACCGUUUGUAUUCACGAAAACUUUGAAAGAAACG